AGCUCAAACCCAACUAUACUACCGCACACUUACUUCAUCCUCCUCAAAUUGUUCAUCACCACAUACCACAUCUCUCUUAAUAUCUCCGAGUCCGUCUCUAGUUUACUAACGAGAGAUGGCUGACCGGAGAGCUGAAGAAAAUGCCGUCUCCGGCCAACCCACCCAGAAAGCUAUUGCGGACUUCGAUCCCGCGCCCAAACCCAAGAGAAACAAGUAUGCUUUUGCUUGUGCUAUGUUGGCUUCCAUGACUUCUAUCCUACUCGGUUAUGAUAUUGGUGUAAUGAGUGGAGCGGCCAUCUUCAUCAAAGACGACCUCAAAAUCUCCGACGUGCAGGUCGAAGUUCUUAUGGGAAUUCUGAAUCUCUACUCCCUCAUCGGCUCCGCCGCCGCUGGCAGGACGUCCGACUGGAUCGGACGUCGGUAUACCAUAGUCCUCGCCGGAGCCAUCUUCUUCGCCGGAGCUCUUCUCAUGGGCUUCGCCACCAACUACUCCUUCCUCAUGUUCGGGAGGUUUGUUGCCGGAAUCGGGGUUGGUUAUGCCCUCAUGAUUGCCCCUGUCUACACCGCCGAGGUUUCGCCGGCGUCGUCUCGUGGUUUCCUCACAUCUUUCCCUGAGGUGUUUAUCAAUGCCGGAAUCUUAUUGGGGUACAUAUCGAACUGGGCAUUCUCCGAGCUCGCACUUAACCUUGGGUGGCGUCUCAUGCUCGGCGUCGGCGCCAUCCCCUCCAUCUUCCUUGCCAUAGGCGUCUUAGCCAUGCCGGAAUCCCCUCGCUGGCUCGUCAUGCAGGGCCGCCUUGGGGACGCCAAGAUAGUCCUCGACCGAACAUCAGACUCCAUGGAAGAGUCCAAACUCAGACUCGCCGACAUCAAAGAAGCCGCCGGAAUCCCCGAACACUGCAACGACGAUAUCGUUCAAGUCGCAAAACGCAGCCACGGUGAAGACGUAUGGAAAGAGCUCAUCCUCCACCCUACCCCCGCCGUCCGUCACAUUCUCAUCGCCGCCGUUGGUAUACACUUCUUCCAACAAGCCUCCGGUAUCGACGCCGUGGUUUUGUACAGCCCUAGAAUCUUCAAAUAUGCUGGAAUCACGUCAAAGAACAAACUCCUCCUCGCCACCAUCGCCGUCGGAUCCGUCAAGACAAUCUUCAUCCUCGUCGCAACGUUUCUCCUGGACCGGAUAGGACGCCGCCCUUUGCUUCUUAGCAGCAUGGCGGGGAUGAUAGCCUCAUUAGCGUGUCUCGGUUUCGGCCUCACCAUCGUCGUCCACAGCGACGAGAAGGUCAUGUGGGCCGUCGUGCUUUCCAUCACCAUGGUACUAGUCUACGUCGCGUUCUUCUCCAUCGGAAUGGGCCCCAUCACCUGGGUCUACAGCUCCGAGAUCUUCCCGUUAAAGCUACGUGCCCAGGGGUGCAGUAUCGGAGUCGCCGUCAACAGAGUCGUGAGUGGGACACUCUCGAUGACUUUUAUAUCCCUCUACGAGGCCAUUACUAUCGGCGGAGCCUUCUUUCUUUUCGCCGGAAUUGCGGCCGUUGGCUGGGUGUUCUUCUACACAAUGCUGCCGGAGACACAGGGGAGAACCCUUGAAGAUAUGGAGGUUCUCUUCGGGAAGUUUCACAAGUGGAAAAAGGCCAAUGCUCUGCUCAGGAAUAAGCGUGUGGAUCCUAACAGUAACGACACCGCCAAUGGUGGUCAGGUUCAGUUGGGAACAAAAGGGCAAGAAUAAGGUUGGUGACGGCAAAAUAUAUAGUAGCUAGAGUAGAAGAAGCUCAAUGAACAUCUCAACCCUUUUAGUCUGAAAAUUAUUGCAUGCGUCCGGAUUAUAUAUAACCGGCACAUAUGAAAGCUUAAAUCUUAAACAGAAGGCAAAUGGUAGUAGAGGAGUGUCCAUGGCUGGCCCUUUCGAGGAGAACAAUCAAAUGCAGUGAAGAAAACAGAGUUUUAUUAUGUAUAUAUUCAUUGUACAAGGUUGUGCUCGACGUAAUUUGCUCACCAUUUGUGCGUUUUCUUCUUUUUCUGAGGGAACUCUUCAUGAGACCUAUCUCAGAAAGUAGCACGUGCUAGUAGCAGUCCUGAAUGAUUUAUCAUGCAUGUAACUUCAGAUCAUAAAUAUGUUAUCAAUUUUCAACUGAUUCAUGUCUCUAAAUUCGGGAUAAAUAUUUGUAUGAACUUAAAAAUUUGACAACGCCAUUAUAGACUCC